GCUCGGCUCACUGCUUAGCAAUGGCGAUGCGGGCUGGCCACCUCUUCCCUCCGUGUCUCCUCGCCGCGGCUUUGCUGCUGCUGCUCGCCGGCGGACCGCGGCCGGCGCUGUGCUGUCCGAGCCGCUGCUUGUGUUUCCGAACCACCGUGAGAUGUAUGCAUCUGAACCUGGAAACCGUGCCAGCCGUCUCUCCGCAGACUACCAUUCUAGACCUGAGGUUUAACAAAAUCAAGGAUUUACAAACGGGUUCCUUCAGACGAUUAAAGAACCUCAACACACUCCUCCUCAACAACAAUCAUAUACGAAGGAUCCCCAGGGGAGCGUUCGAAGACCUGGAAAACCUCAAGUAUCUCUAUUUGUACAAGAAUGAAAUCCAAUCAAUUGACAGACAAGCAUUUAAGGGGCUUGUCUCUCUUGAGCAACUGUACCUGCACUUCAACAACAUUGAAUCUUUGGAACCAGAAUCAUUCACCCAUCUUCCGAAACUGGAACGACUGUUUUUGCACAACAACAGAAUCACCAACCUCGUCCCGGGAACCUUCUCUCAUCUUCAGGCCAUGAAGCGACUACGGCUGGAUUCCAACUCGCUGAACUGUGACUGCGAGCUGCUGUGGCUGGCCGACCUGCUGAAGCAGUACGCCGAGUCGGGCAAUGCCCAGGCCGCCGCCACCUGCGACUACCCCAGCCGCCUGCAGGGCAGGUCGGUGGCAACGCUCACGGCUGAGGAGCUCAACUGCGAGGUGCCCAGGAUCACGACCGAGCCCCACGAUGUUGACGUCACGUCAGGAAACACCGUCUAUUUCACCUGCAGGGCCGAAGGGAACCCUAAACCACAGAUUAUCUGGCUCAGGAACAACAACGCCCUCAACAUGCGUGACGACAGUCGCCUGAACCUGCUGGAAGACGGGACGCUGAUGAUCCAGGACACCCGGGAAACGGACCAGGGAGUCUACCAGUGCAUGGCUAAAAACGUGGCUGGAGAGGUCAAGACCUCAGAGGUCACGCUGCGGUAUUUUGGAGCCCCUGCACGGCCGAGUUUUGUCAUCCAGCCCCAGAACACGGAGGUCCUGGUGGGGGAGAGUGUGACCCUGGAGUGCAGCGCCACAGGUCAGCCACAGCCCAGAAUCUCCUGGACCAAGGGCGACCGGACGCCGCUGCCCAACGACAUCCGCAUCAACAUCACGCCGUCAGGAGGGCUCUACAUCCAGAACGUGGUCCAGGCUGAUGGGGGACAGUACACGUGUUUUGCCUCCAACAACGUGGACACCAUACACUCUGCCGCUUAUAUCAUCGUGCAAGCGAUCCCUCAGUUUACUAACACACCUCAGGACCAGUCGGUGCUGGAGGGUCACACGGUGGACUUCCCCUGCGAGGCGACCGGUUACCCUCAGCCGGUGAUCGCCUGGACCCGAGGCGGCAGCCCGCUACCUCUGGACCGCCGCCACGUGGUCCUGUCCACCGGGACCCUGCGCAUCGCGCGGGUGGCGGCCCACGACGAGGGCCAGUACGAGUGUCAGGCGGUCAGCCCCGUGGGGACCGUGCACACUGCUGUGCAGCUCAGCAUCCAGCAGAGAGUAACGCCUGUUUUCACAAAUGCUCCAAGGGACCUGACAGUGGAGUCUGGCCAGGACGUCCAGAUUCCCUGCAGCGCUCAAGGCCAGCCUCAGCCCGUCCUCACCUGGAACAAGGACGGCGUCCAGGUGACGGAAAGCGGAAAGUUCCACAUCAGCCCCGAGGGUUACCUCGAGGUGAAAGAUGUGGGCACCGCGGAUGCCGGGCGCUAUGAGUGCGUCGCCCGCAACCCCAUCGGGUACCAGGUGGCGAGCAUGGUGCUCACCGUCACAGUUCCUGCAGUCAGCAGAGAGGGAGACACCUUCGUGAGCACGUCCAUCGAGCAGGCCAUCCGAAACGUGGACAGUGCAAUCGAGUCCACGAGGAGACGUCUUUUCGAUGGUCAGCCUCGCACCCCAGGGGAGCUGCUAGCUCUUUUCCGAUACCCGCGCGACCCCUACACGGUGGAGCAGGCGCGAGCCGGGGAGAUCUUCGAGCAGACCCUCCUGCUCAUCCAGAAUCACGUCAACCAGGGCCUCAUGGUGGACACCAACGGCACCGCUUUCCGAUACAACGACCUGGUUUCCCCUCACUUCCUGGACGUCAUCGCCAACCUGUCCGGCUGCACGGCUCACCGCCGCUUCAACAACUGCUCGGACAUCUGCUUCCACCAGAAGUACCGCAGCCACGACGGCACCUGCAACAACCUGCAGCACUCCAUGUGGGGCGCCUCGCUCACCGCCUUCGAGCGCCUCCUGAAGCCCGUCUACGACAACGGCUUCAACCUGCCGAGGGGCGCCACCGAGCGGCUGCACAACGGGUACCGGCUGCCUCUGCCGCGGCUCGUCUCCACCACCAUGAUCGGAACGGAGACCAUCACUCCCGACGACCGCUACACGCACAUGCUGAUGCAGUGGGGACAGUUCCUCGACCACGACCUGGACUCGACGGUGGCGGCGCUCAGCCAGUCGCGCUUUUCGGACGGCCAGCUCUGCGCCCAGGUCUGCACCAACGACCCGCCUUGCUUCCCGAUCCAGUUCCCGCCCAAUGACCCCCGGCAGCUGCGCAGCGGCGCCCGCUGCAUGUUCUUCGUGCGCUCCAGCCCCGUGUGCGGCAGCGGCAUGACGUCCCUGCUGAUGAACAGCGUUUAUCCGCGAGAGCAGAUCAACCAGCUCACCUCCUACAUCGACGCCUCGAACGUCUACGGCAGCUCGCGGCACGAAUCCGAGGAAAUCCGAGACUUGGCGAGCCAGAGGGGCCUGCUCCGCCAAGGCAUCAUCCAGCGGACGGGAAAGCCCCUCCUGCCCUUCGCCACCGGCCCGCCCACCGAGUGCAUGAGGGACGAGAACGAGAGUCCAAUCCCGUGCUUCCUGGCCGGCGACCACCGCGCCAACGAGCAGCUGGGUUUGACCGCCAUGCACACCGUCUGGUUCCGGGAGCACAACCGGAUCGCCACGGAGCUGCUGAGGCUGAACCCGCACUGGGACGGAGACACCAUCUACCACGAGGCCAGGAAGAUCGUGGGAGCGCAGAUGCAGCACAUCACCUACAGCCACUGGCUUCCCAAGAUCUUCGGCGAGGCGGGCAUGAAGAUGAUGGAGUCGUACACCGGUUAUGACCCCAACAUCAACGCCGGAAUCCUCAGCGCGUUCGCCACGGCCGCGUUCCGCUUCGGACACACUCUGAUCAACCCCAUCCUCUACCGGUUGGAUCAGGACUUUCAGCCGAUACCUCAGGGGCACAUCUCUCUGCACCGAGCUUUCUUCUCGCCGUACCGCAUCGUGAACGAGGGCGGCAUCGACCCGCUGCUCCGCGGGCUCUUCGGCGUCGCCGGCAAAAUGCGAGUCACCACGCAGCUGCUCAACACGGAGCUCACCGAGCGGUUGUUCUCCAUGGCCCACGCCGUGGCUCUGGACCUGGCCGCCAUGAACAUCCAGAGAGGGCGGGAUCACGGCAUACCUCCUUACAACGAUUACAGGACCUUCUGUAACCUGACCUCAGCGCAGACGUUUGACGACCUGAGGAACGAGAUCAAGAAUCCAAACGUCAGAGAGAAACUCCAGAGGCUGUACGGCACCCCUCUGAACAUCGACCUGUUCCCCGCCCUCAUGGCUGAAGACCUGGUCCCCGGCAGCAGACUGGGGCCCACCCUCAUGUGUCUGCUCACCACUCAGUUCAAACGCCUGCGGGACGGUGACAGGUUCUGGUACGAGAACCCCGGCGUGUUCACCCCCGCCCAGCUCACCCAGCUGAAGCAGGCGUCUCUCACCAGAGUGCUGUGCGACAACGGCGACAACAUCACGCGCAUCCAGCACGACGUGUUCAACGUGGCCGAGCUGCCGCACGGCUACGGCAGCUGCGACGACGUCCCUCAGAUCGACCUGCGCAUGUGGCAGGACUGCUGCGAAGAUUGCCGAACCAAGGGUCAGUUCAACGCCCUGUCGUACCACUUCAGAGGGCGCCGGUCGGCCGAGCACAGCUACCAGGGGGACAAACCGGCCAGCGGCGUCCAGGAGACCAGGUCAGUGGAGGAAUCCUCAGAAAGCCCCGCCAACGUGACCGCCGCCCCCAAGAAGAGCGCCGAACCCUCAAUCAGCGACUUCCAGGACUUCGUCUCUGACAUGCAGAAAACCAUUACCAGUUUACGAAAGCAGAUUAAAAGACUUGAAGCCCGUCUGAGCAAGACUGACUGCACUGACAGCGAGGGGCGAGAUCGCGCCGACGGCGAGCGGUGGAAAAACGACCCCUGCAGCACAUGUGAAUGCAGAGACGCCCAGGUGACCUGCUUCGUGGAGUCCUGUCCGGCGGCCGAGUGCAAACGGCCCGUCAAGCUAAAAGGCUCCUGCUGCCCGGUGUGCCUCCAGCCGGCGGGCGUCCACAAGAGGCGGGACUCAGACGGCCGCCACCAGUAGCCCUCAGGACGCCCGCCGACAAUCCCCCAACCCCCCCCCCACGCCGGGGCGCCGGUGAAACCGCGCACUUAUCAGACAGAUCGAGAGCGGAGAUGAAACUCACAGGCGCUGAUCCACAGCCACCGAUCACCUCGACAGACCCAACGGCCUCGCCUCACCCGUUUGUUUUGUUUUGUUUUGUUUUGUUUUGUUUUGUUUUUUUAUUCCAUGUAGUAUUUUUCGAUGAGGGGAGGGAUUUUUUUAGUUUUGUUUUGGUUUUUCCUCGUCUUGGCUCGUUGCGGCCCUGCAGGCGCCAGCAGCCCGAGGCCCGGUCGGAGAUCCAGACGGAUUUACUGAAACCACGGGCAGAUGAAUGAAUGAAUGGAUGAUGAAUUGGUGGAUUAUAAACUCCUCCUCCUCGCUCACCAGCGCUCCUGAAGCAGAACUGGCAGCCGGCUGUUCGCCCUCGUGUGACUAAACACUUGACGACUAUUUGCGGGAAAGGGAAGUAGAUCUGAGAGGCGGCAGCCACUUUGUUGUCUCCAAAAAAAGAAAAGAAAAAAAAAAUUCUCAGGUUAGAGAUGCCGAAAACUGGUGCUAUUCUCCCCUUUUUUUUCCAGUAUGACUUAAUCACUAAACCUUCGAAGUAUUGUCUUUUGUAUGCAAUAUAUACACUCAGUAUGUCUUUUAAUGAAACGUCACGUUUGAGAGGAUUGUUUUAUUCAAAGUAAAAAGACUUUAUAUGAAUAGAGUUACUUCAUCUUUUUAAUCCACGGUGCUUUAUAUUCCUGUUAUUAUGUACUUUAUUCCUCCCUUUUUUUUUGUUGCUUACAUAUGAAGAUAAUGUGAAGCCCUUACAAAAAUGUUUGUGAUGCAGAACAAAUGUCUACUGAUUAGCGCUCCUCCCUCCACGGAUCGCCGCCGCCGGCCGGUCCCGGGCUCGAGCGCGGCGCUCUCCUCUCCGCUGCAGGACGCCCGGACCCGGCUUCAUGUUGCUUUCAGAAAGCAGUGAAAGAAUCUCCACUGAACCACUGUAACCUUCAGCCCCAGUGUUUCUCUCAGGGCCCGUUUACACGGUUUCAAACGGGAAAACGCAAAAACGUUCGUUUGUAUUGUUUGUUUGGUGCUCAGGGCCACUGAAAACGCAACUUUUCGGAAACAGAUCGGACUCUGUCGCCGUGUGAACGGGCGAAAAUGAGACUUUCUGGAAAAACUUGGGGCCCGUCGACUUUUGUGGACAUGCUGCCACUGCACAUGUGCAUCACGUUCGACUAGAUGGACAAAAGCAAACAUGGCGGCCUCCGGAGUGUUAUGACUCCCAGCCCAUAUUCUAGUAUUAGUAGCAUCCGAUUUGUCGUCUGUCCGUACGGAUGUCCAUAUAGUCGCCAUUGUUAUUGUUUAUUGUCCUCUGUGCACAUGCGUGUGGUUACAUCACAAUACCGACCUCUUGACCUGGCGUGUUCACCAAAACGUUUUAACGGACAUUAUUUUCAUCAGCUGUGCGUUUUCCUUGAAACACUGUCGUGUAAACGGGGCCUCAGUCUCUCUCAAGCCAAAUGUUUGAUUCAGCAGCUUCUCAAACGCGUGUUUUUUGUGUCUGUUGAUGCAUGUACGAAUGUUGGAGUGUUCAGGUUCGCUCGUGGUGCGCUCGCCACAGCAGUAUUCUCCCUUCAGCCUGCUCAGUCGGUUCCUGUUUCGGACUUGUUCAGAAACAGCUGCAUCAUUGUGUAAAUCGAAACUGAAUGCGAUGUUGUGCAAAUUGUUUAGACAUGAGCCGUAAAGAGGCAAGAAGUAAGGUCAAAGGUCUGUGACUUUCAAACCAAAUCUCACGAAUAACCAGAUGAGUUCAGGUUGUCAGAUGGGAGGAUUCCAGAAAACCUCUUCAGAACAGUACUGGCAUUGUGUGUAAUUUGACAUCAGAAUCAUUCCUGAUGGCUGUGAUUUAAGAGCAUAGAACAUGAUGUGUUAAAAAUUACUGAAAACAUUCACAAAUCAGGAAACCAAAUAAAAACAAAAAAAAAAAAAAGCUUAAACAAGAUGCAGAAACGUCGAUUUUGUUUCUCAGCUGAAACUUAUUGAAGACAAAAUGAGGAGAAUCUAAAUGUUGUCAAAUUUGAUAAACAUCUUUAAAAAAAAAAGAGCUAAAUUUAACACAUAUGUUUCUCGCUGCCAUUUCGAUGAUGUGUUUUUCUGGCUACGGCCAAAGUGUCCCGAUGUGUUAGCCACUGAAUUCACACUGUACGUAUUAACAAACGAAAUCAGCGACGGAGACGUCGUAAACUGAGACGGUGACAGAGUCAGCCUGCUCAGCAUUUCACUGCCUAAACCAUCGGAGUACUGCUGCAUUGUCAGCGGGGUGAAAACAACAGAAAAAAGUGCAGAUUUUGAGGGAUGCGUUUGGUCUCGGUUCAAGAAAAGCUGAUGCAUCACAUCAGAGCGCUCACUCCCACCCGGACAUCUGAUAUGUUGUCUUGGUGCUAUGUUUAAUCAGUGGAACGGUGUUUUGAAUGAUUUGCACAUCAUCGCGCUCUGUUCUUCAUUGCUUUCUUACUGGACGCCUGGACCGCGGUGGUGACGGGGUCGUCCCGGUGCUGACAGCUCCUCUCUGCAGCACUGCAGUUUACACAAGGACAAGCUCGCAGUGCAUUCCUCUGCCGAGCGUCCGCUCCUCUUCCUCCUCCGGCUCCAACCGUUUCUGUGUCGAUCCGGGUUAGGAAUGCCUCCCUCCUCCUCCUCCUCCUCCCGUUUUCUUUGCCAUAUUGAAGAAUUCAAGCAUGGCGUGACGUCACUUUGGCGGCGCAUAUGUGGAGCGCAGCCCCUCUGACCCUCAUUCCACUGUAAUGGAAGCCAUAUGAGCGGAAAGCAGGCGUAAUGUGGGUGGGGGCGGGGCGGGGCGGGGCGGCGGAGGGCCGCUCCAGAUCGGGAUCUCGUGUCAAUCAGAGCAGGGCUCGGUGUGUCCUCCAACACACACACAUGGACGCGCUCGCUUCGCCGGGACGGAACCGAGCAGAAGCGACGACAGAGACUCGGUGUUGUAUUUACGUCACGUCCCGAACAGGCCGAUCUGUCACCCUAACAGAAAUAAAACUCUCCGGAAUGUUCCGUUCAGGAUUUAGAGGGGGGAUUACAGGGGGGUGCGGCUGGCAGUCACACCGUUACAUUAGUGUCAUGUUGAAUGUUUAAAUAUACAGGAGCCCGGAAGGGUCACGACAACCUACAGACCGCAAAAGCCACGGUGGAAGUAAAGUGGGUUGUUUAAAUUGUAUAAUGUCACAAAAGUCACUUCUACAAGCAGUUUUUUUUUUUUUUUCCAAAUCAUUCAACCCAUCCGCUCACUUCCUGCUGUUGUGGUGACCCUUCUGACCGCCUGUAUGUCUUUUGUGUUUACAGUUGUGCUUCAUUGUGUUGUGACUGUGACUUUUCCUACAGUGGUUUCCAACCUCCUGCUCCUGCAAAGCCCUCCGAUUUCUCAGAAUGCUGGCCGAUCCUCUCCGAAUACAAAAGUUAACCCUCAGGUUGGAAACCACUGUCCUACAACACUGUAACAUCCCAAUGUGUGUGUCGUAUUCCAGCUCUCCUCAUCGCCGCUACGCGUGUUCUUCAUAUAUCUGUUGUAUUUUCAUCAUGGUUUCCUCUCCGAGUGUCAACGGAAUGCACUGCUCUGCGAGACUGAACAUGCUUCAUCUACGCUGCCCCCCCACCCCCACCCCCUCCACCCCAGCCGGGGGGUCAGUGUGGAUACACUCGUCAGCUAUCGUGACAGUCGUAUUGUACCUUUUUGCCAAAGAAUGGUUUGCACUGUAAUGUAUGCCUCUCGACAGUAAUAAUAAAUAAAUAAGCCACGUUUGAAUUACA